UGCAUGACUGACUGACUGGGGUCACCUUUACCACCUUUGUUUUUUCACCAACAUUUCACUGAUAAAAUCAAACAACCACCCAGUUAGCGCCGUUGGGAGCAAGGUGAGUAAACACCACAGAGCUGGCAGGCUGCCAUUGGAACAAAGCAGCAGACCCAGCGCAAUGACAGAGGAAGAUCUGUAGGAUUUCUACACUAACGGAGAUGAUGACCAACAAAAUGGAUUUAAGUCUGCCCUUAUUGCUGUGCCAAAUCCAGUGUUUUGCCUUUCUGGCUGCAGCAGAAAUGUUGCCAUGCUGCUUGAACAACAGAAUCAACAGCUCGAAUAAUGACAUCACAAGAAGCACAGAGCUAGAGAAUAACUCUGUUCUGGUCCUGGAGCAGCUCCCCACCAUUGAGUUUGCAAAAGUGUCUGGCAGUUUGAAACGUAAAAGAGAGUGGGUGAUUCCGGUUAUUCACUUUCCAGAAAAUGACAGGGGGCCAUAUCCCAAAUUAGUGGUGAAGAUCAAGUCAAACAAUGACAACAAGGUGGCGAUUACCUACAGAAUCACAGGACCAGGGGCUGACCAGCCCCCCGAGGGUGUCUUUACUGUCGAUUGGAGAUCUGGGGUGUUGUAUGUGACGCAGCCUCUGGAUAGGGAGAGUACAGCCAAAUACACGCUGUUGGCCCAUGCACUGAAUGAGGGCGUAAAGGCUGAGGAGCCCAUGGAGCUCAUUAUCAACGUCAUUGACCAGAAUGACAACGCUCCAGCAUUCACUCAAAAUCCUUUUUAUGGCAGAGUGAGCGAAAGCGCGAACACUGGGGAGUCUGUCAUAAAGGUUAUAGCAGUGGAUAAAGAUGACCCACAGACAAACAAUGCUAUGGUUAGAUAUAGGAUAAAGGCUCAGACGCCCUCUGAGGACAUGUUUGACAUAAACCCAGUGAGUGGGGUGAUCAGGGUGAAGGCAGGUGGACUGGACAGAGAGACUCAGCCAGAGUACAAGCUGGACAUUCAAGCCGCUGACAUGGAGGGAGAUGGGCUAACCACCAGCUGCACCGUCAUCAUUACUGUCACUGACAGCAACGAUAAUGCUCCACAAUUCACCAUCACAUCUUUAUCAACAUCAGUCCCUGAGAAUGAGGCUGGAGUGGAGAUAAUAAGACUAAAGGCCACAGACAGGGAUGAGUUAGGAUCUCCAAAUGCCAACACCAUAUACUCAAUAAUCAAAGGCGACGACAGGGGAGACUUUAACAUCACUACAGGCUCCAGUAAAAUGGAGGGAAUCCUCAAAACAGCCAAGGAGCUGGAUUUUGAGAGCAUCCCUGUCUUUACUCUGCUGGUCGUGGUGACAAAUGAGGUGCGGUUUUCUGGACAAGUUUCAACCUCGACAGCCACAGUGACGGUUAGAGUUGCGGACAAAAACGAGCCUCCUGUUUUCAGUCCAGCAGAGAUUCAUGUGAGCAUCUCAGAGGGUGUGAAAGCAGGGAGUUCCGUGGCUGACCUCAAAGCAAAUGACGCAGACACAGCCAGGAAACAGAGCAUUAGAUAUAAACUACACAAUGACACUGCCAGGUGGCUGAGUAUUGAUAAAGACUCAGGAUCUGUCAAAGUUAAAAGCAACAUGGACAGAGAAUCACACUACGUCACAGACGGCAAAUACACAGUCCUAGUUUUAGCUUACGACAAUGAUACCAUCCCAGCAACAGGGACGGGUACUCUGGUUGUGACUUUAUUAGAUGUGAAUGACCAUCAUCCUAAAAUCAAGCAGACGAGAGCCAGUCUAUGCAAUAUCGACCCUUUUCCUGCCCUGCUGGAUAUCGUGGAUCUGGACGGACCUGGUCAUGCUGGGCCGUUUACUGUGGAGCUUCAAGGAAAGCACAGAAUCAACUGGACUAUCAGCACCAAUUCCACAACGGAUGUGGCAGCCCUGGCUCCUAAACGGGAUUUGCCACCUGGAGACUAUAACGUGCUGAUACGUGUUUAUGAUGUAGGCAUGAUCUACCAAGACAGCACACUGGAUGUAGAAGUGUGCCAGUGUCAAGGUGCUGUCUCUACCUGCUUCAUCCAACGCUCUGCCCCUCAUCUGCACCGCUCCUCUCUCGCAACAUCAGUUCUGGGAGCAAUCUUUGGUCUUCUGCUGUUGCUCUUGCUGCUGCUGCUGUUUCUGAAAAGAAGGAGGAGGUCAGAAAAGGAUUAUCCUCUUAUGGACGAUGUACCUAGGGACCACAUCUUCUGCUACGAUGAGGAGGGGGGAGGUGAAGAGGACCGGGAGUAUGACCUGGGUCAGCUCCACAGAGGGCUGGAUAACCGUCCUGAAGUCUUCUGCACUGAUGUGUUUCCUGCUGUCCAGAGCCACCCGUCCUACCGCCUACAACUCCAAGACAAUGAAGAGAUUUUCAAUUUAAUUGAGGACAACGUGCAUGCUGCAGACAGUGACCCCGCAGCUCCUCCUCAUGACUCUCUCCUGGUGUUUGACUACGAGGGUGUGGGCUCAGACGCAGGUUCGCUCAGUUCAGUCGACUCCUCAGAUUCGGAUGAGGAGCAGGACUUUCAGAGCCUGAGCCUGUGGGGGCCGCAUUUCAGCAGGCUGGCUGACCUGUACACGGGGGGGAUAGACAAUGACACAGAAACACUGCCAGGAAUAACAGAAUGGGUCUGACAGAGAUCUUUUAAAUAUGUGUCCAUCUGCUCGAGGACCUCACAGUUCCGUCUUUCUGUUGCCUUCUGUGGCUUUUUGGAUGAGAUGCUCGUCUUCUGUUAAAGUGCUAUUCUUAGCAUUCCUGGCUUUUUUCAAUGCUGUAAAUCAUCUGGUAAACAAUGACAUUUACAAACUAAACCAUAUUUAAUAGAAUGUGUGUUCUGAGCCUUUGGGGAUGUUGUCACAUUGUUCAAACUACACCUCAGAUAUUUUGUAUUUUAUUAUAUUAUAAGUAAUCAGUAAAUUUGUAUUUUAGCCAAGUUUUCAUUAAAUCUAUUAUUAUAAUUUAUUUAUUUCCUUUUUCAAUGUUCUUUACCAUUGCUCUGCCUGAGUAGAUCAGGCUAUAAAAACAAUACCAUAUUUCUCUUUUGAUUAUGCAUUUAGGUUUACCCUCAUCUUAUCCUGUUUGUUAACGUUUUAUGAUUAAGUUAAAAGAAUUCAAGUUUGUAAUCCUAUCAAAACAUUUGUUUUAGUACAUAAAACAAUUUAUAUCAUGCUAUUUGAAUAAAGAGGCUAAGUUGCGGAA